CAAAAAGCCUGCAGCUGUUGAGCAAAAUUAUUCAAGCUGUCUACUGUACUCAGUGACUCAGUGUACAAAACUAUUAUUAUUCUGAAAAAUCUUUCUGUUUUAAUUUUAAGCUUUAAGCUGUUGCAAAAGUGGAUUAUCAUUUAAUCUUUGACAAGCUAUAAGAUCAAUUAUGUCGGAAAAUAAGAACAGUAAUGCAGGAAGAAAUGCAUUAGGUGUUUUAGCAGGAGCAGCAGCUAUAGGAGUUGGAUACGCUCUUUAUUCUAUUUUUACUUCUGAAAGUCAAGAACAUCCUAUACAGGAACGUACAAGUUCUUCUGUUACAAACAGGAGCACUAACUCACAGUUAGUAAGAAGCUCCCCCAGAGCACCACAAUAUGAUACACAUUCAUCUCAAUUAGAAAGAUCGGAGAAACAAGAAAGGAAACAGGAAUACAAGCUAGACGUUUGUUCCAUCUGUCUGGAGGAAGUGAAAGGAAUUGUGAAAGUAUUGACUUGCGAUCAUCAUUUUCAUAUGAAAUGUGUGGAUGAAUGGUUUCAAGACAGUCAACGAAAAUGUCCAAUUUGCCGUAUUGGGGUGGAGUACACUGGUGAGUGAGGCUGCUUCAGAUAAGAUUCAUACAUAUUUCAAUUGUCCAGUGAUCCAAAUGUGCCUCAUCUGAUUCCUCCAUCAACAAAUGCGUUUCAAGUUUGAAUUUAAAAAUUAUAUUUCUUUUUUAUAACAUUUAUAUUUUUAGAAUAUUGUUGGGGGUUGAUAUUUUAAUAUAGGCUAGUACUGAAUCCAAUUAUUAAUGUGUGUUGUUUUCCAUCUACUUUCGAGGUUUGGUUUCAAAAUUUGCAAUAUUAUUUUAUGGUUAUUCGAAAUUAUCGUGGGAAGUUAUUUGUGUUAUUUUCAAUUACCAUUAUGUUGAUACCGUUCAUAAUUCUACUGUCUUAAAAAUUAUUCAAUUCUAUUAUAAAAUAAUUUCAUUAUUUUUUCUUGAGAGGGUUUGUACAGAUUCUUGAAAUACUUUCAGAAGUUUUGAUUAAUAGGUAUUAAUAAGACGUUUCAUUUACAGAAUAAGAUUAAUAACAUGUUUGUUUUAUUUGAUUUCUGGUAAAUUUUAUUGAAAACUCUCAAAUUAAUGAUUCAAGCUUUCAAAAUGUUUGAAAUUUUAGUAAAAGGAAUAAAAUUAUCCGCCAUUCCUAUAGAAAAAACCCGGCGUUUGUGCUCAAUUUUACUUUAAAACUCUCAGCAACAAGACCGUUUUUGUUUUGCAAACUUUUGUAACACUGUAUAAUAUUCUUAUUAUCAUACAGAGAUAUAAGGUACACAAUUUUCUCCUUUCAAUAGAUUAUUUUAGUUGGUAUUUCAGUUGAAGUUGCAACUUUUUUCUGCUAUCCAUGAGAAAUGAGCAUUGAAGCUUUCUCAGUAGCCUUGAUACAUAAGUUACACAAUUUAACAUAGAGCAUAAUUUUAUUUCAAUACCUCAAAAUCUAUAUUCUCAUUUUUAGGGUCAGAUAAUCGCAAGAUAUACAGACGUAAAAAUAAACAACGCUUGUAGCCUGAAUACUGGUCUUCCAAAAUAACAUAAAAAUUUUGAAGCCAAAAUAACCAAAAAAUAUGAAUACUCAACGGAAAUACCUUCUGAAGAAUACCUUCUUACUAUUCUGUCAAGAUUUCUGUAAUUUGUAAUCAAGAAUUUUUAAAUACAAGACUUCUGUACAAUUAUGUUUUUGUUUGAUCUAUACUGUGGUAUUUUUCCAUAGAUAAGAGAUUGUUAAUUACUGUUCUUUUUACUAUAAAUUAUUGUACAAAUAGAGAACCAGGCUUUGUUUCUUGAUCUGCUAUAAAUACUACUUUAGUACAACUACGGUUAACUGUGGAUGAGCCACAAAACCUGGCUCUGUAAUUGUAAAAUAAUUACUAAGUAGAUUUAAAAAGAAUAUGUCUUAUUUGCUUUAUUAAUUGCUGUAAAAUAUUGGAUUUUAGGAGAUAUAUUGGUCUGAUAUUUAACGUAUUAAAAUACUUGAUUCCACACAACGUCAUCAACGUUGCAUUAUAAUCAGUAUAUUAUAAUAUUUAUUGUUAUUAGUUUUCAUUCAUGAUGCCAUUUUACCUUAUAAAUGCGUAGCACGCAUUUGAUACAAUGAUUUUUCCAUUUAAUACUGUACUUUUAUUGAAGCAAAUCUGAUUGUAUGGUAUGAGGUGUUGUGGUAUAUUCUCCAUAAUUGAAGAAUAUAACGUUGAUGUUGUCAAUACCACUUUAAUUUAUUCGAAAAUUAAUUUAUCUUACAGAACCAGGCUUCAUGGUGAACUUGAGUUCAGCUAAAGAUGUGGUACUGUAGGUGAUACCAUGGAACCUGAUUCUGUAAGAUGAAUUAAUUUUCGAAUAAAUUAAAGUGGUAUUGACAACACAACGUCUUAUUCUUUCAAUAAUGAUACAAUUAUUUUUCAUUUUGAAUGAUUUUUUGUUUGAGAGAUAAGAGUUCUUCUCAGAACUCAUAAGAUAAUAUUUAAAAUUUGAAAUAGGCCUACAUUGAAUGAAUUAUUUAUUUCUGGAACAUUAUGAUCAUUAUGUCUACGUUCAGAGAGUGUAUUUCAUUUAUUUGCAAUACAAAUGAGACUAAUGCAAUAACAUUGGUAGAUAAAAUAAUAAGGUAGUCCUUGUGCUAUUUUUCUUCCAAAUUUGUAGGUGACAGAGUCCAAGAUGAGGUUAGAAUUUCAGGUGUACAAUUUUCACAAAAUUCUAGUCGAAAAACUAGAAUAAACUGUAGUGUUAACACAAUAAAACUAUUCUAUUCUCAAUGCUAUGUAAAAUUGAACAUCACAUAGUUUAUAUUAAAACUUUUAUAUUAUAUUAGAUUUUAUUUUUGUGAGUCUUCCACGUUAAUUCCAUAACUUGAUAUUAUUUUAUUUUUAUAAAAGCAUAACUAGAUCAGAUUUAGUAAAGUACAUACUAUUUGAAUUUUGCUUUCUUAUAAUGAACUAUUAUUUUAAAUGCUACGUCCCUUUGAAGUUUUUUACGGGUUUUAUAGUGUACUACUUGAUGUGGACCUUUUCUUUUUGGGUUUUCUGAGAAUUUUUUCUAUCAAUGCUAAUGUGCGUUCUGAGUACCUAGCAAUAAAAUUGUAGUAUAGUGUGCAUGAAUUUGCAAAUUUAUUGUUAACUUAUGAUAUAGAACUAUUGGAAACUGUUUCUGACAAAUAAAUAAAUGCAUUAAUAAGAUGAAUUUGUAAAAUAUGAAGCCAACUUUUUAGGCCUAGUAGGCUAUCUAUAUUUCUAAUAAAAACAGUUUUUAUGAA